AUGCGCCCCCAGGCACCGGAAGAAGGGAUUGGGAGGCCAAAAAAGCCGUCAAUACGUCGCCUCAUGACAAGGCCCCAUGCCGGAGCAUUAGGAGUGACGGUGGCAGCAGGACGUAUUCCAGUGACCAGAUCCGCCGACACGGUGCAUUCGGAUUCUGAGGAUCAGCCAAAGCUGGAUGCUGGUGAAGCUGUCAGAGAUCUCGGGAUAAGUUACUUCCCAUCCAGUAAAGCACCACAUCGUGGCCCAGGAAAAGCAAUGUUUAAGACGGAAUGGUGA